AACAACACCACUCCAGUCGCCCGUCAGACGUCGAGCGUUGCGCGCGUCUGUCACGACAUCGCCCGCAACUCGACAGCCAUGUGGUGAAGUGAAACUGUCAAACGUGAUAUCGUGAUACACUUUCGCAUACCGGUGAUUAUCGGUACAUGUGAACAUUAACUAUACAUCUCCGCUUGUGAUUUGUGUAUUCGAAGUGGUGCCACUGUUUUGGAAAAUUGGAUUAUACGAACGAAUAAUGGCCUUAGCCAGGUAUAAUCAGCAAACCGCGCGCUCUCCUUGGUUAAAGCUCGGGUCAGGCAGCGAGUGCGGUGGAGGGUCGGGCGGCGGCGCGCCCGCUCCUCAGUCGGCGCGCGUCUCAUCGAACGGCGCCGGAGGGAUGGCGGUGAGCCGCGUGCCCAGCCCGCUGCACGACGGGAAUACGCCCGUCGCAGAGAACUGGUGCUUUACACAGGUCAAAGUGGUGAAAUUCAGUUACAUGUGGACAAUUAAUAAUUUUAGUUUUUGUAGAGAAGAGAUGGGUGAAGUGUUAAAAUCAUCGACUUUCUCAGCCGGUGCUAGUGACAAAUUAAAAUGGUGUCUGCGCGUAAAUCCCAAAGGACUCGAUGAAGAGAGCAAAGACUAUUUAUCAUUAUAUCUAUUAUUAGUGUCGUGUAAUAAAUCAGAAGUGCGUGCAAAGUUCAAAUUCUCAAUAUUGAACGCGAAACGGGAAGAAACAAAAGCGAUGGAGUCACAGCGAGCAUACAGAUUUGUACAAGGCAAAGACUGGGGAUUCAAAAAGUUUAUCCGAAGAGACUUCUUGUUAGAUGAGGCAAAUGGUCUGUUACCAGAGGACAAACUGACGAUAUUUUGUGAAGUGUCAGUAGUCGCAGAUAGCAUAAACAUAAGUGGACAGAGCAAUGUGAUGCAGUUCAAAGUGCCAGAAUGCAGACUCUCGGAUGAUUUGGGCGCGCUGUUCGACAACGAAAGGUUCUCUGACGUCACGUUAGCGGUCGGGGGCAGGGAGUUCCAGGCGCAUAAAGCUAUAUUAGCAGCGCGGAGCCCCGUCUUUGCAGCGAUGUUUGAACACGAAAUGGAAGAAAGAAAAAGAAAUCGUGUGGACAUCACAGACGUAGACCACGAAGUGUUAAGAGAAAUGCUUCGGUUCAUAUACACGGGGCGCGCGCCCAAUCUUGACAAAAUGGCAGACGACCUACUGGCCGCCGCUGAUAAGUACGCUUUGGACAGGCUAAAAGUGAUGUGCGAAGAGGCGUUAUGCCUUAGCCUGUCCGUGGAGACGGCGGCCGACACACUCAUUCUGGCCGACCUGCAUUCCGCCGACCAGCUCAAAGCGCAGACCAUCGAUUUCAUAAACACGAGUCACGCAACGGACGUGAUGGACACAGCCGGGUGGAAGAACAUGAUAUCGUCGCACCCGCACCUCAUCGCCGAGGCCUUCCGAGCGCUCGCCACGCAGCAGCAGCAGAUACCGCCUAUCGGGCCGCCGCGCAAGCGCGUCAAGCAGGCCUAGUGCGCGCCACCCACGCCCGCGCGCGCCGAGACCUCGGCCUCUCGCGCCCACCGCGCCGAAUAGCGCCGAGCGCGCCCGAGCGAGGCCUAGCGUUGGUCCUUGCCAGAGUACCGAACAUAAAUCUAUACAGUACCGUAACGUUUUUUGAAAUUGGAACGCACGGCUAGGGUUGGGCGUGGGCGGGCGAGUUCACGUCAAACGCAUUCGAUGUCGACUGCAUGAUUG